AUGUUGAGAAGGGAUCCGACUACAAUUAAACUAAGCUCCGAGGACAUUAAAGAGUUCACGAGAGAGCAGAGAUACAAGAUGAUAAGCGAAAAGACAACAAGAAGGGGAAAUAACCAGAAUGAGAAAGAUGAAGGCGGUUCGAAGGACAGCGAGGACAAGCGGUCAGAAUGGGUUGGUGGUGAAGGUAAUUAG